GACGUCGAAGCGUCUUCUUCCUCCUCCUAUUAAAACUGAAAUAGAUGGAACCCGUGUAGGGUUUCUGCAUCGCCAUUUCGAACCGAGUAUGAAGAUUGAGAUUAAGAACUGAAAAAAGAAAGAUAAUUAUCACAGUGAAAAAGGAUCGGAAAGAAUAGGUGGCCUGUGAGGCCAAGAGGGAUUGGAGGAGGCUGGUGUGAGAGACAGAAAUGGGAAAGGAGAAACAGAGAGGGCUCAAGCUGUGAGAUUGAGAAUCAAAAGAGUGAUUUGUUGAUAUUUUUUGGUGUAGAGUGAUUUGUUGGGUAGUCUUUUGGAACACAUGGCGGGUUGGCAGAGGCAUUUGCAGUCCGUGCUUCGUCGAGCUUGUAGGAGAGUGGAUUACAAUUAUACUGCAUCUGCUAACUUUUCUUGUUCUACUGUGGAAUCCUCUCUUUUGCCUGCUGGUGAAUUACCAUCUUUAAAGAGAACAUGGAAACAGCCUUCUUUGAUGGGCUCAAGGCCUUUGUAUCAGUAUAUACAGCAGCUGGGAAUCUCCAGUUCAAGAAAGUUACUAGCUGCUUCAUCAGAGGAAACUCCCAUUCCAUCCCCUUUGAUGCCAGUUUUGGCAUUAGGUAGUGGGAAAGCAGAAGAGCAGAAGACUGCGUCUAAACCCUCCAAAGUUCAAGCAAUAUUAAAGGACAUAAAACAGAGUCCCAAGAAGAUCAACUUAGUUGCUGCAUUAGUUCGUGGUAUGCGUGUUGAAGAUGCAUUGCUACAAUUGCAAGUGACUGUCAAAAGAGCUUCAAAAACUGUCUAUCAGGUAAUCCACUCUGCCCGAGCAAAUGCUACCCACAAUCAUGGGUUGGAUCCUGAACGCCUUCUUGUUGCUGAGGCAUUCGUUGGAAAGGGGUUUUUUAAAAAGAGAAUUUCCUACCAUGCUAAGGGAAAAUGUGGACUGAAAGUGAGACCAGAGUGUCGAUUGACUGUUGUAGUGAGAGAAAUGACACCUGAAGAAGAGGCUCAGAUAGCCAGGUUGAGAGUUCACAAUUUCCGCAAGCUCACUAAGCGGGAAAGACAACUCGUUCCUCAUAAACUAAUCGAGACAACUCCAAUUUGGAACCGCAAAGGCAAAUCCAGGAGCCAGGAGCCAAGUGGUAUGGCUGCAUGAUCCAGAUAUGCACCCUGUUCUUACUUUUUGAUAAAAGGCUUAGUAAAAUGGUGAAAGGCUCCUCCACAUUUAGCAUUUACCUAGGAAUAGACAUGUAAAAAUGUGAUCUUAAGUUACAGAAUGGGAUGAGGCCUUUACUCUAGCUCCAGAUCAUGCUUAGUACUGUCUUAAAUUCCUGUGUUUAGUUAAAGAAAUGCUUUGUAGAAUUUCAUCUGAAGAUUUGUUUUUCAACUGUUGAUCGAAAUCAUGAGAAAAUAAAAAAUUUUGGACAGAGUCGAA